UGGACCUUGCCAUGGCCUCCACUGGCCUACAGAUCCUCGGGAUCAUCCUGACAAUCCUCGGCUGGGUGAAUGCCCUGGUAUCCUGCGCCCUGCCCAUGUGGAAGGUGACCGCCUUCAUCGGCAGCAGCAUCAUGGUGGCCCAGGUGAUGUGGGAGGGGCUGUGGAUGGCGUGCGUGGUGCAGAGCACGGGCCAGAUGCAGUGCAAGGUGUACGACUCGCUACUGGCGCUGCCCCAGGACCUGCAGGCCGCCCGUGCCCUCUGCGUCAUCACCCUCCUGGUGGCCCUGCUUGGCCUGCUGGUCUACCUCGCCGGGGCCAAGUGCACCACCUGUGUGGAGGACAAGGAUUUCAAGGCUCGCCUGGUGCUCACCUCUGGGAUUAUCUUCAUCAUCUCGGGGGUCCUGGCCCUGAUCCCUGUCUGCUGGACAGCCAACACCAUCAUCCGUGACUUCUACAACCCCCUGGUGCUCGAGUCCCAAAAGCGGGAGCUGGGGGCCUCCCUCUACCUGGGCUGGGCUGCCUCUGGCCUUCUGCUGCUGGGCGGGGGGCUGCUGUGCUGCACCUGCCCCUCUCGGGGGUCCCGGGGCUCCAGCCAUUACACGGCCCGCUACUCAGCAUCUGCCCCUCAGGGCACCUCUCGGGGGCCCUCUGAGUACCCCACCAAGAAUUACGUCUGAUGGGGGUGGGAGAGUGGCAGC